CCUGCCUCAGUUUCCCCUGGCACGUUUGCACGCCCGUGUGUGGGCUUGCACACCCUCUUGCCCGCUGCCCUGCGCUCACACGUGCUUGUGCAUGGGCUUGCACGCUUGUGCGCCCCCUUGCAUGCCCGUGCAUGCCCUCGCACACUUGUGCACGCCCUUACAUGCCCGUACACCUUCUUGCACGCUCGUGUGCCCUCUGUGCACACCCCCGCCCGUGUUCCCCCCAGCCUAAUGGGGGGCACACGUGUAGGGGUGUACACACAAGUGUGAGGAGGGGGUGCAUGUGUGCAAAGGGGUGCACACUCAUAAACUGGGGGUGCACACACAGGAGAGGGGGUGCAUACACGUGUGGGGGUGCACACAUGCGUGCAAGGGGCUGCACGUGCCUGCAAAGGGUGCCCACAGGUGUAGGGUUGCACAUGAGGGUGCACGUGCGUGUAAGGGCGUGCACGUGUGUCUGUGCAUCCAGGUACAAGGGGGUGCAUUUACGUCCUGGAGCUGCACACACGAGUGCAAGGGGGUGCACAUGAGUGCAAGGAGGUGCACACACACGUGCAGCUGCACGCACGAGUGCAAGGGGGUACGCAUGCUCAUAAAGGUGUGCACGUGCACGCAAGGGGUUGCACGCGCAUGUGGGGUUGCAGACACGGGUGCGAGGGGGUGCACAUGCAUGUAAAGGGGUGCAAAUGAAUUCAAAGGGGUGCCCAUGCACGCGAGGGGGUUGCACGAGCGGAGGUGCAAGGGGUGCGGGUGUGUGCACGGGGGUGCCCGUGGGUGCAAGGGGGUGCACGCAUACGUGGGGCUGCACACAUGGGUGCAAGGGCUUGCACACGCACCUAAAGGGGUGCCCGUGGGUGCAAGGGGGUGCGCGCACACGUGGGGCUGCGCGCAUGGGCGCAAGGGCUUGCACACGCAUGUGAGGGGGUUGCGCGAGCGGAGCUGCGCACAGAGGUGCGAGGGGUGCGGGCGCGUGCCCGGGGGUGCAAGGGGGGGGUACGCCCGCCCCCCCCCGCGCUGACAGCCCUCCCGCAGGCCGGGGGGCGGUGGGGGGGCGCGGGGGGCCCCCGCCAUGGCCUGCCUGCACGAGACGCGGACGCCCUCGCCCUCGCUGGCGCUGGCCUCGGACGGGACCCCGGAGCAGGAGCUGACCCCCACCCAGUGCGUGCUGCGCGACGUCCUGCCCGCCGCCCCCGCCGCCCCCGCCGCGCCCCCCGAGGCCUGGCCCCGCCGCGGGACCCCCCGGCACCCCGAUCUGGGGCCCGAGGGAGCGGGUCCCCUGGCCGCCGAGGCCGCGCACCUGCGGUGCCAGGCGGGUGGGGGGUUCCUGGAGGGGCUUUUCGGCUGCCUCAAGCCCGUCUGGACCAUGAUCGGCAAAGCCUACGCCGCCGAGCACAAGCACCCCCAGGAAGACCCCUGGGAGGUGCCGUUCGAGGAGAUCCUGGACCUGCAGUGGGUGGGCAGCGGGGCGCAGGGCGCCGUCUUCCUGGGCCGCUUCCAUGGCGAGGAGGUGGCCGUGAAGAAGGUGCGGGACCUCAAGGAGACCGACAUCAAGCACCUGCGCAAGCUCAAGCACCCCAACAUCAUCACCUUCAAGGGUGUGUGCACCCAGGCACCCUGCUACUGCAUCAUCAUGGAGUUCUGCGCCCAGGGCCAGCUGUACGAGGUGCUGCGCGCCGGGCGCAAGGUCACCCCCUCCCUCCUCGUCGACUGGUCCAUGGGCAUCGCCGGCGGCAUGAACUACCUGCACCUCCACAAGAUCAUCCACCGCGACCUCAAGUCGCCCAACAUGCUCAUCACCUACGACGACGUGGUGAAGAUCUCGGACUUCGGCACCUCCAAGGAGCUCAUUGACAAGAGCACCAAGAUGUCCUUCGCCGGCACCGUGGCCUGGAUGGCGCCCGAGGUCAUCCGCAACGAGCCCGUCUCUGAGAAGGUUGACAUCUGGUCCUUCGGGGUGGUGCUGUGGGAGCUGCUGACGGGCGAGAUCCCCUACAAGGACGUGGACUCGUCGGCCAUCAUCUGGGGGGUGGGCAGCAACAGCCUCCACCUGCCCGUCCCCUCCGGCUGCCCCGACGGCUUCAAGGUGCUGCUGCGCCAGUGCUGGAACAGCAAACCCCGGAACCGGCCGUCCUUCCGCCAGAUCCUGCUGCACCUCGACAUCGCCUCCGCCGACGUCCUCUCCACCCCCCAGGAGACCUACUUCAAAUCCCAGGCGGAGUGGCGGGAGGAGGUGAAGCUGCACUUCGAGAAGAUCAAGUCGGAGGGGACGUGUCUGCACCGGCUGGAGGAGGAGCUCAUCAACCGCCGGCGCGAGGAGCUGCGGCACGCGCUGGACAUCCGGGAACACUACGAGCGCAAGCUGGAGCGUGCCAACAACCUCUACAUGGAGCUCAGCGCCCUCAUGCUGCAGCUGGAGCUCAAGGAGAAGGAGCUGCUCAGGAGGGAGCAGGCGCUGGAGAAGCGCUACCCCGGGCUCUUCAAGCCACGGGCGCCACGGGGGCUCCUGCACGGCAACGCUGUCGAGACCCUCAUCAAGAAACGCAACGUCCCCCAGAAGCUCUCGCCCCACGGCAAGCGGCCCGACAUCCUGAAGCCGGAGGUGCUGCUGCCCAAGCUGGAUGCGGCCAUGGCCCAGGUGGCCCUGCCGGGGUGUCCCAAGGGCCCCCCCUCUCCCGGGCGCAGCCGCCGGGCCAAGGGACGUCAUCGCAAAGCGGGACCCCGGGGGGGCUGCGGGGAGCUGGGCCCUGAGGCCGGACCCCCCCGGGGGCUGCCCGGACCCCCCCCAACCACCGCCGGCCCCGACCUCCUCGGGGGCACCCUGGAGGCUGCGGGUGCCCCCCCGGCCGUGGUACCUGAUGCGGGACCCGGGGGGGCAACGGGUACCCAAGGGUCCCCCCCGCCGCGGCCCCCGGCUCCUGGUGAACCCGAGCGGGAGAGCGGGGCCGGCCGGGGGGGCAAAGCGGGGGCCGGGCAGCACCUCACCCCCGCGGCGCUGCUGUACCGGGCGGCCGUCACCCGCGGGCAGAAGCGGGGGGUCUCGUCAGAGGAGGAGGAGGGUGAAGUGGACAGCGAGGUGGAGCUGCCGCUGCGGCAGAGGUGGCCCCCGGGCAUGAGCAAGCGCCAGUCGCUGUCGACCUUCAGCUCCGAGAACUUCUCGGAUGGGGACGGGGACGGCGACGGGGACGAGGGGCACACGAGUGAGCCCUCGCACAGUGCCACCCCCGACGUGGGCAGCACCAACACGGACGAGCGUCCCGACGACCGCUCCGAGGACCUGCUGUCCCAGGGCUCCGAGAUCCCCCUGGAUGCCGCCCCCCCCGAGGGUCCCGGCCGCCGUCACGGGGGGCUCAGCCCCAAGGUCUCCGAGGACUCGGACUGCGACAGUGCAGAGCUCGACCACUCAGGCAGCGGCGAGGGACCCCCCCGGCCCACAGCCCCCCCCGGCCUGUGACCUGUCCCCCCCCUCCCACACCCCCCCCCCGCACCCCCCCACUUGUACAGCCCCAA